AUGGAACACCGCAGUUCACCGGCCAAGUCUCUGCCCCAGCGAAAGGGCAUCACCACCCCGCAACUCAGUUGUGAGCUCUGUCGCAAGCGCAAGGUUAAAUGCGACAAGCUCAACCCAUGUACCAACUGUGCUACUAUUGGAACUGCCUGUAUUCCCAUAUAUCGAACGCGACUGCCCCGGGGCCGACAUGCCAAUCGUGCGCGCCUAGUGUCAUCGCCUCCUCCGCCCACAACAGGGUCCGGGGAGACCGAGCGGCUGGCUCAGUCUACCGUACCAGUCAAUGAAGAUCUCCAAGAGAGGAUAUAUCGCCUGGAAGCCCUCAUCCAGGGUAUGAGUUCAACCGGGACGCCAUUGGCGAGUUCGCGGGAACAAUCUGCCCAUCUAUCUGAUACAACAACGUUCCCAUUGGAGCCGAUUGAUGCCCCCAUUUUGAAUACUUCGACGGUUCCCAAACGCCUCAUGCUGCAACGUCCCGAUCAGUUCUGGGCAGACUUAGUGGAUGAAAUCCACGGCCUCCGCGAUGUCGUCGAAUCGUCACUGGGUGAAGGAGAAGAGGGCCCGAUACCCCCAUCUGACUCGGCCAAGAUUAAGCCACCCAACGACAACGGGAUUCAGGUACUUGGGCUGGGCGCUAGCGAUCCACCCGCACUUCCACGGUCCCUUAUUUCGCCACAUGAUCCCGCAGUCAAGCGCCAGCUGUUUGAGGUCUAUCUUCAGCAGGUUGACCCCGUGAUCAAAAUCCUCCAUCGUCCGUCUCUGAACCGGUGGAUGGUCCACGGAGAACCAUAUCUAGCCUAUACCGAGGGUCACCCAUCGGUGGAGGCGCUGGGUUCGGCUGUCUGCUACUCAGCCGUCAGCAGCAUGACUGAGAACCAGUGCUUAGCCAUGUUUCAUUCUAAAAAGGCGGAUUUGGCGGCCGAGUCUCGCGUGGCCUGUGAGACGGCGAUUGGGCAGGCAGGCUUACUCUCCACCCGCGAUAUUACCGUCCUGCAAGCAUUUAUCCUGUAUUUGGUGGCUAGGAGAUCAGAAGACCGCACUCAAGCCGUCUGGACCUUGAUCGCGGUGGCAGUACGAAUUGGCAAAAGCCUCGGUCUCUAUCUAGACCCUGAUACGGAGACAUUUUUCAAUCAGCAGAUGCGAAGACGCCUCUGGUUUACCAUCUGCCUGAUGGACCUACAGGCCUCAUUCUUCCAGGCAUCCGAACCACUCAUUAGCGUCGACGAGUCCUCGUCCACGGCCCUCCCACAACACAUCAAUGACUCGGAUUUUGAUCCCACCACCACGCACAAUGACCCGAACCCGGAGGGCCUCACAGAUACGACUUUUGCACUGGUCACUUACCACGCCCAGCGGAUGGGACGUCUGCUCAACUUUGGCGGGCACGAUCACAAGGAAGCGCUCCGCCUUCUUCAUUUCUGUGACCCCGAAGCUUCGGCAUACGCUUGGUUUACCUGGCAUGGCACGCAGAGUCUUAUCGCAACGGCACGGCUGGCAGCCCUGCGGCCUCUCCAGUGGCCCGGGCAGGCGCCGCCCCGUCGCCGGAAGGGCAACACUGAGCUUCUGCGCCUCUGCCUUCCGGUGCUGGAAAAAGCACAGCUCAUGCACACUGACCCCCGUGCUAAGGGUUUCCGCUGGUAUGUGACCAUCCCCUGGCACGCGCUGGCGAUCGCUAUGGCCGAAUGUUAUGUGAGCAGCGACGCGGCCUUGGUGCAAAACGCCUGGCCGCUGGUCGAGUCGUCGUACCUGCAGCAUGAGGCGACUUUGGGCCAGUCCCACGGCGGCCACCCCUUUCGCGUUCCCAGGACUCAAUCGACCGCAGAGUAG